CGCCGGGGAGUCGCGGUCGCCGCGGGAGGGGCGUGGGCUCCGUCAGCACCAUGAGACCCGAGGGCGCCGCUGGAGCCCGGGUGCAGGGACGCGUCUGUCACUGCUCAGGGGAUGGUCUCCAGGGGCCACCGCCACUGCGCGGGCCGGAGAGACCCACACCGUGGAGACCAUGGAUCCUGACCCCUGGAGGUGCUGAGUUGACCAGAACUGGAAGCCGGUAUGACCCUGGGGGUGACCAACACACUUUUGGAUCAAAGGGAGCUUUCGGGUUUCAGCAUCCUGUGAGACUUUAUUUACCCAUUUCAAAGCGUCAAGAAUAUCUGCAGAGUUCUGGGGAAAAGGUGCUGGCUAGUUUUCCAGUGCAAGCCACAAUUCACUUCUACAACGAUGAGUCUGACUCAGAUGAGGAAGAGCAAGAAGAAACCCAGCCCUUCUACCUUCAGCGCCAGGAGACAGAAGAUCCAGUGGCAGGUGGCCCAGGGGCAACGGGCAGAUACCAGCCCAUAGAGCCAGGAUGGCCAGGAGGAAGGAGUGGCCUCCACAGUAGGAGCAAGCUCCCCCACAGUGACUCUCCAGGGGGCAGUGAGCUCUCCUCCCCCAAGUGAACUGACCGUCCCACCUCAGCACUCAGCACCUCCUGGGCUCAGCUCUGGACACCUCCAUGAGCUGGGACAGCAGGUCAUGACUCUGUGUCCUCUGCUGCAUUUACAGGGGCUGGGCUGCUUUGGCCACCUGCAGCUGGCACUCCUCUCUUGGCAGAAACUCAGCUUUUACUUUUCUUUCUCCUGGUAAUUCCUUUACAGUUCACUCAUGCAUACCUGAGAAAGGAUUCUUGGAUAAAGAAGGUUUGUGUCAACAUGGGUUGCUACCAGGGAGGGCCAGCCUACAGAGCUGGCUUAGCAUUGUCACUCUGCUGAUCAGAUUACAGAUCAUUCCUGGGCAGGUUACUAACCAAUCCUCACCUCUCACUUAACUUGGGACUCAUCAUUUAGCUUUUAUAAACAUGAUUUAAUAAUAAAUCCCAAUUUCAAUGCAUGUCCAAGGGUUGCUGUGGUAGCUUAGUUGCAUUCUGAAGAAAAUUAUGUAUGAAAAAAACAAAACAUUGAAUAAUUUCCAUAAGAACAACAAAUAAGAUACAGAUUUCUAAGGGGUAAUUCUGGAUAAAUAUGCAUAUGAUAAUUGUAUAAGAGCUGCGUAGAUGA